CAAACCAAUUUUUUCACACAAAAAGAUCUCGAGGCAAAAUGCGUAGAAAUUGAGUUGGAUGUUCUUAUAAAGCUCUGGAUAAUCAGGUAGCAGGCAAGGUGGCUCCUAAAGGAGGCUCUGUUGGAGGAGCUUCAUCUUCACUUCAUCAUAGGCGGUCUAAUACUACCAUAAGAACAACAAAUACACCCACAAGGAUUAUAUACACGGUUUCUACAUCUUCUGGAUUGCCCUUUUGGCAGCAAAAUUGGUUCUUGAUCACAUUAUUUGUGAUGGGUAUUUCUUUGCUAGGGAUCGCGCUGCUUCUUCUGCUUGAUCUGCCGUGGGAUGAGUCGUCUGCAUCCCCUGCCUGGGCGGCAUCGUCGGAUCCAAUCGAGAUUACUUAUGGGUCUGUUUUGAAGUUGAUGCAUGAGCGCACCAAGUUCCGUUUACAUUCACAUGACGUUCCAUAUGGUUCUGGAAGCGGGCAACAGUCUGUUACUGGUUUUCCAAAUGUGGAUGAUGCCAAUAGUUAUUGGAUUGUAACUCCCAUACCUGAUACUUCUGCCAAGCAAGGUGAUGCAAUCAAGAGUGGGACAAUCAUUCGUUUGCAACAUAUGAGGACUCAUAAAUGGCUACAUAGUCAUUUGCAUGCAUCCCCUAUUAGUGGUAACAUGGAGGUAAGUUGCUUUGGAGGAGGAUCUCAAUCAGAUACUGGUGAUUUUUGGAGGCUUGAGAUUGAAGGUAAAGGGAAUGUCUGGAUGAGAGAUCAAAAGAUAAGGCUGCAACAUGUCGAUACUGGUGGUUACUUACAUAGUCAUGAUAAGAAAUACAGUCGAAUAGCGGGCGGCCAGCAAGAGGUUUGCGGUAUUACAAAGAAAAAUGCAGACAAUAUAUGGCUAGCCACAGAGGGAGUCUACCUCCCUGUGUCAAAGAAAUAUUAACCGGGCAUCUUAUUAUGCAAUUAGGAUCGAGUAGUAACUGCAUGCAGUUCAAUGCUGAACUACACGUAAGAGAUGUCAGUUCUCUUUUUGAAAUAGAAAAAUUGGCGAGAUCUUUUGCAAAGGCAUACAUCAAUAUCUGUCUCCAUGCUUGACAUUUUACAAGAGAUACCUAGAAAAGUAAUUUUUCAAUGCCUUUAAAAUUUUUCUCAUACCCUUCUAAAUAUAAAUUGUAAUUUAGCAGUGUAAAUGACAUUAGUUAAUUUAGAAUUUUUACGCUCAUUGAAGCCAGCCUCUAAUGCUUUCUAAACAGUUUUGUUUUGUGCACAAUUUUGAUUUUUGUACUAGAGAUCCAGAUUAUAUUUCUACUAUCUAUUUAUCUUUUGAUCA